CGUUCUAUACGUUGUUUGCGUGGGCGUUGUUGCCAAAACGCUAGGAGGUUGACGGACGGAGGAGGAUCGGUAUUUUCUUUCAAACUAUUCUUUUUCUAAUGUAUUUCCCCGAAACAGAGGACGACAUGACUUUCAAGUCGAGUCGGGACAGGUUAUACAGUACACGGUGCUGUGGUUGUUGUCAUGUCAGGACUGGUACCAUUAUCCUAGGGACCUGGUACAUGGUGGUAAACCUGUUGAUGGGCAUUAUGCUGACAGUGGCAGUGACUCAUCCUGAUAAUGUACCUACUGUUGACCUGCAGUAUGAAGUCAUUGAACAUUACUUUGCCUCUGAUAGGAUGGCAGAUAGGAUGGCAGAAAAUGCCUGUGUUGGGUUUGCAAUUUCUUUGCUGAUGUUCACCAUCAGUGCCAUGAUGGUGUAUGGAGCCGUUACUCAUCAUGACGGAUGGUUGAUUCCUUUCUUCUGCUACCAGUUGUUUGAUUUUGCCCUCAGUUGUCUUGUGGCAAUUAGCUCCCUAACCUACCUUCCAAGGAUCAAGGACUACCUAGACCAGCUGCCUGACUUCCCUUACAAGGAUAACAUGCUUUCCCUGGACUCCAGCUGCCUGCUGCUUUUCGUCUUGGUGUUGUUUGCUUUUCUCAUCAUCCUAAAGGCCUACCUGAUUAACUGCGUUUGGAACUGCUACAAGUACAUCAACAACAGGAACUUGCCAGAGAUUGCUGUCUACCCUGCGUUUGAAGCUCCCCCUCAGUAUGCUCUGCCCACCUAUGAGAUGGCUGUUAAGAUGCCAGAGAAGGAGCCCCCACCUCCCUACAUGCCUGCUUGAAGAGCCUGCCUCAUUGUAGACCUAUACUCCGUCUGAACAAGCUUCUUGUUUUAACCUUGCAAUACCUUUUUAGAGACUAGGGAUAUCCUGUAAUCUUUUAAAUCCAACAUUUAUAGAGAUGAAAGAGUUUUCUUAAUAAUAAUAAUAAUAAUAAUAACAAUAAUUAUAUAUAUAUAUAUAUAUAUAUAUAUAUAUAUAUAUAUAUAUAUAUAUAUAUAUAUAUAUAUAUAUAUAAAUGUGAAAGUGGUGUGAACAGGAAAGACAGAAUGGAUGCGCAGUUAUUUCUAAGAUCCUUGUUCCUCUUUCUAUCUAUUUUUGAUGUCUUAGUAAAUGAUAGUAUAAUAUUAAUGUUGCCUGAAUGCUGAUCAUGAAGUAUUUAAGAAAAUAUCCUCUCCUAGUGAAGUUUAUAUUAAUAGAUAAUGAAAAUAUUAUUAAGACAAUCAUUGUGUUAACAUUUUAGUAGUUUAAUUUUUUUUUCACAUUUUGUGGUUUUAAUUUUGUAUUUCAUAUUUUCAUAUUGUGGUACUGUGAGGGAUCUUUUGCACUUUCAUCAUAAGUAUUCAGCCUUUUUUGUGUGUGUUUGUGGGUGUGACAUGUUUGUUCUUUUUUUUGCCUUUUGUGUUUCAUGUUUUGAAGCCUUUUUUGGGGAAUGGAAUUUGAGUAAAAUGAUGCAUAAUGUGAGAACUAAAAGUAAGCGGGUCAUUUAUAAAACAAGCGCAUGGAGAAAUGAACCAGGAUUGGGAAGACAGUGGAUGCAUGCUUCUGUCUUUGUGUUCUUUCCUGUGAAACAAACUCGCUUCAAUAAAUGUUUAGAAAAUUG